UGAGAACACACUAUCAUCCAUGUAUCGUUCUUUUGUUUGCAAUGUGGAGACUAGGCCAAACCAACUUCCUCUUAUAGAAUCAAGGACGUAGUUGAAAGUUCGAACACCUGAUGUCGCACAUUGCCGAUCGUAUUUUGUGAGAUCACAGCAGAGGAAACGUCCUCGAGGGGUUAAACUCGUUAUACUAGUGAUGGUACACAUUCUCAUCAUUCUCGUCCCUCAUUCGGUAGUUAACAGAAUCUCAGUCUGCAUGUCGAGUGAUGCUGUUGUCAAGGCUAAUCCGUCGUGUGGCAGAACGUAGAUUUUUUGCUCGCCUUUGUCACGCAAUGCAAUUCUCUUAGUUUUCAAAAGAUAUUUGGCAGUUUUAGUGCGUUGCCAAAACGAUGAAUUUCGUCCGCAAAUGGCUUCAGGGUUCGGGGACUACCGAAGAAGAGAAAUGCGAAGCAGUUGCCGCGGACCUGGAUGCAGAGGCUUGGUCUGAACGGACGGCCGUCAUUACCCGUUACGAUCAUGAAACCCAUUGCAAUUUGGCACGUGGUUUUAUUGCGGAUCUAGCCGACAAAGUCGUUGAAGAAAGCUGGAAACAACCUGACCAGACGAAAGAAAACUCCAAUUCGCUGCUUUUGAAAAAACAGAAACUUUUUUUGCCCGAUUUGGUGCCCAGUGUUGCCACUUCUCGGCCUCUCACCGAGACAGUCUCGGAAUCGGACGAAUACGAAAGCGCUGACGAACAGCCGCAACUUCACAACACACUUUAUCUGGAUUCAACUGUCAAUCCGUCGACGACCUUUGACGCGUCCACGCCCAUUGACACUACUGGUUGGCAUCUGGAUUUUGACUCCUCACGCGUCGCCCCAUUGGGCGAUGUCACCGUUGAUGCUAGUCUUAAAGACUAUUCGUUGCCAUCCGUAGAUGCAGCACCAGAGAGUUUGUCCCAAGUACCUCAAGCGCUACAGGAAGAAACGGAUGCAUUGGGAGCAAUUGCAAAUUUUCCUGCCAGGUCAUCGCAGCUGUUUUCACCUUCGUCUGGUUCCGACAUUGACGUCUCAGUUGUAGAUUCUGAAGCAGACACGCUUGCAGCGGUGACACCUAACAAUCCGACGAACGAAGUGGAUAUUGAUCUAAUUAACCAGUUCGAACGUUUGGUGCUUUCCAAGCAAGUGUUAUCUAAACAUUCGCCGGCUACACCAACAUUGAACACAACUUUUCCGUUAAACGAAGAUGAAAACACGCCAAUCGUUGCUGUGAAUCAAACUGUUUCUUCUGUUAACGAGGAGAAAGAUAAUAGUAUUCUUCCGGCGAACGCAACUCAAGACAUCUUGUCAACGACUCGGGACCUUACUGCUGUCAAUCUAGACGAUUCUGAAUUUACUUCGAUCGUCGAUCAGUCCGAACAUAGCUCAUUUGCUGAUUUGAAAGGUCCAAAAAAGAACAAUUUAGUAAGCGAUUCAGACAAUCUUUUGCCAAUCGCUGAGAAACAAAAAAUCCAAAUUAUCGAAGGGCAAGAAGCUGCAGGUUAUAUAGGAGAAGAAUAUCCUGUAGUAGAAGAGGAAAUAGGUACAGGGCCUGAAGAAGAAGCUGUUUCGUCCGAUAUAGAAGAAGCUGGCUCAGUUGUCGUAGAAACAAGUGUGGGUGUCGUGGCAGAAACCGUUCCAGCCGUCGAAGAAGAAAGCGUUUCUGAGGAGAAAUCCGCCGCUGUGGUGCAAAAAGAACCCGUUUCAGUCACUGAAAAAGAACCCGUUCUGGUUGUAAAAGAAAAUCCCGCUCCAGUCGUAAAAGAAGAACCCGUUUCAGUCAAACAAGAGGAACCCGUUGCAGUUGCAAACGAAGAACCUGUUCUGGUCGUGAAAGAAGAGCCCGUUCUAGUCGUGGAAGAGGAGCUCGUUCCAGUCGCACAAGAAGAACCCGUUCCAGUCGCAAAAGAAGAACCUAUUCCAGUCGCAAAAGAAGAACCUAUUCCAGUCGUAGAAGAGGAGCCCGUUCCAGUCGUGGAAGAGGAGCCCGUUCCAGUCGUGGAAGAAGAACCUAUUCCAGUCGUGGAAGAGGAGCCCGUUCCAGUCGUGGAAGAGGAGCCCGUUCCAGUCGUGGAAGAGGAGCCCGUUCCAGUCGUGGAAGAGGAGCCCAUUCCAGUCGUGGAAGAAGAACCUAUUCCAGUCGUGGAAGAGGAGCCCGUUCCAGUCGUGGAAGAGGAGCCCGUUCCAGUCGUGGAAGAGGAGCCCGUUCCAGUCGUGGAAGAGGAGCCCGUUCAAGUCGUGGAAGAGGAGCCCGUUCCAGUCGUGGAAGAGGAGCCCGUUCCAGUCGUGGAAGAAGAGCCCGUUACAGUCGUGGAAGAGGAGCCCGUUCCAGCCACCGAAAAGGAAAGCGUUUCGGUCGUAAGAGAGGAAUUUCUUUCGGUUGGUGAAGAGAAAAGCGUUCCAGCCGAAGAAGAGACAUCUAUUCCAGAAACUGAAAAAGAAAUCGUUCCAGUUAUUGCCGAGGAAACCGUUUCAGUCGUUUCAGUUCUGGAACAAGAGUCUUUCUCAGCAACUGAAGGUGAAUCCAUCCCAGUCGCUGAUCUUGUGCAAAUUGUCGGAAACAAAACCAUUCAAGUCCACGAAGAGCAAAACCCAAACCUUGUGGGUGAGGAACAAAUUUCAAUUAAAGAAACAAUAGUUCCGGCCAUUGAAAGCCAGCCAUCGAGUUCGUUUGAGAACAGCGACGCCAUAGAACCGGUAGAUGUCAAUAACAGUGAAGUUGACACCGGUCUAGUUGAAGGCGAUUCUACCUUUUCAUCCGUAGCUGAACAAACUGUCCUGAACGCAGCUGACAAGAGCAGCUCCACCGUAGCUAGCGAUAUCCCUAGCGAAGAAAUUCAACCGUCCUCCGCGGUUGAAAACUCAGAAUUUACCUCGUCUCAAGACCCUGACACAAACGUAGUGAAACCAACAAGUCUACCCGAAGAGAAGCCCAUUGUACCAAAAAAAGGGUACGACCUCAGUUUUUUGGAUCGCUUUGACGAUCUAGAGAACGCCACUCCAUCUAUUAGUCAAGCCAAACUCCUUACACAACUCUCGACCCCGGUUACUGACUACUCUGCUUCCCCAGUUACUGAACAGCAAUCGAAAACCGUUCCGGUUAACGUAGUUGAAGAUCAAGAGGUGGAAGUGGUUGAAACUAUUGACACGACAUCCCAAGUGGAUAUCGAAAAAGAAACGUGUGUUCCUGUGAAUUCGCAAGAAUCCCAGUCAACGGAAGUGCGUGCCCAAGAAGAACCUUUCUUAGAAGAUAAGGCAGCAGACGUUUCAGUACAUACAAACCCAGAGCGAGAAGUCACUGAAGAAGAACCUCUGAUUGUACCCAAAAAAGGUUACGACUUGAGCUUCUUGGACAAACUGGAAGACUUGGAAAACGCCGCACCUCCCGACGUUGGCAAAGGAUCUCAAAAACCCAAAAUGAAGGAAAAUGUGGCAACCAAAGACAAUAUCGCUGAUCCAGCAGAAGAGCAGCCAGCGCUGGACAGCAAACCAGAAAAACCAGCUGUGUCAAGCCCAACCAAAAAGGCGCCAGUUGUUCGAAAACCCAUCCGUCCUAGAAUCGCGCGACCUGCAGCCCCUGCCACCGCCACCAAACCAGAUGCAUUUGAAGUAGAAUUUGCUUUUGAUCCUAACGAAGAUCCGUUCAAACCCAAGAAGAAAUUAGGAGCCUCCCCCACCAGAGAAGGUAGCCCGCAAAACCAAUCGGAAGCCAAUAUCUGCAAUACCCACCAAGUCGAUAACUCUGAAGCCAAUAACACUGUGAUCGAAAGCAUUCCUCAAUCGGCGUCGCCGAAUCCAAAUACGGCCAGUGCGCGACUGUCAAGCGAAGGUACUGAACAAGAAGAAUUCCGACCCGCCCAGGAAGUCUUUCACGAUCCAUCCGAGCUGGAUUUCCUCAUGCAGCAUGGUGGUACCUCGCAUGAUAUUGCUUUGGCCAGGCAAUCGCUUUUUGUCAAGUUUGAUCCACUUGUCACGGGAAGGCCUAGCAUGUUUCCAUCUCGCCCCUCUGAUGGUGCAGGUGGGGAUGAGACGAUUCUAGCGGAAGAAUCUACGGGUCGUAAAUCUGCGGGAGAAAGUUUAUUCCUUUUCAGUCCACCACACGCUUCAAGUGCACCCAAAGUAGAAAAAGUUGAUUCGGUUGAAAAAUCCCAUCCACAAGAGUGCUUAAUGUCCAGCCGAAAUGUGACAGGAGAUGUUUUGAGUCUUAAUGAACACAAGGAAGCAUUGAAAUUGCAGGAGUUGUUGUUCCAAGACAAGUUGCUUCAAAAGGAACGUGAAAUUCUAAUGAAAGAAAAUGAAAUUCACGAUUUCAAAUCAAAAUUUGAGGCCACUAUUGAAGCUCAAGCCCAGAUGAGACAAAUUGUCGGUGAAUAUGAGAAGACCAUAUCUCAAUUAAUUGCUGAAAAGGAGAGGGAAAAGGCGAACAUGGAGACCACCCUGCAAAAUACUAUAAAGGAGAGAGAUCAAGCGAUCGAAGAUUUAAAAGAAGUGGAGCGUGCUUUUAGCGAAUUUCAUCGAAUGUACGAAAGGAAUCGUACCGCAGCUGAGAAUUUGCAUAAGAACGAAGAAGCUUUAAAGAAAGCUUUAGCAGCCUACCAGGAAAGGUUGCAACAAGAGCAACACAAAUACGAAACGCUAAAGCUGCAUGCCGCUCAGAAAUUGGAAGGAGCUCAACAAGAAAUGGAGAAUUUGAAGCGUAAUCUUGAAGGCGAGAGUUCUCGUGUAAAGGCUCAACUCAAGAAAACUGAGAUGAGAUUGGCGUCGGUCGAGCAAAGUCUGGAACAGAAAUCCAAAGAGAAUGAGGAGCUAACCACAUUGUGCGACGAACUCAUUAAUAAGUUGGGAUCUAAUGCUAAGUAAAAAGUCCUACCCUCCGCCGUUAUCCUCUUCAGAAUGAUUAAUUUUUCAUUGCUAUCUAAAAAUCGAUAUUUCAUCUUUUAUAAUUUUUUUUUCUUCUUUUAGUUUUUAGUUUAAAAAACUUUUGCUUUAAGCUCUUAUUUGUGCCUUGCCUAUUCAUCACCUGUCGCGAUAAUACUUUCUACAGCUCUCGGAGAGUCUGUCAUUCUUGUAAAAUAAUUACUUCAGGAAUUACAUGUUUCACAAACGCGUUGAGUGGCUAGGAAACAUCCACGUGCAAAGAAAA